AUGCAGACACCGACAGACGAGACCGCGUUCGCGGGAUCAGCUGAUCCUACGUCAGGCAUACACAACGAGGAGUAUCAACAACGGAGUAGUGUUUCGGACCCUCAAAAUCGCUAUGUCGUGAAAGACCCAGCGAAGAAAAUUCCGCGAUUCAACGGUGAUCCGAUUAAGUUCGACGAGUGGUGGUCGCUGUUUUCAUACUUCGUGGAUUCGAAGCCCAUCGAGGUUGUGGAGAAGUGUCGAAUUCUUAAGGGCUCCCUCAGUGGGUCAGCGUUGAAGACAGUGGCUCACCUACGGAUCGCAGCCGAAUCUUACGAGAUUAUGAAGUUCACGAUCAGCGAGGCUUUCGGAGACCCGGAUGUGGCGAAGGCAGCCUUGCUGCAGAACAUUCACAGUGUUUGUGGAACCAAGGAUCUCUCAAAACCCGCAGUCAAAUGUCAAGCGAUAUGCCGAACCUCGAAUUCACCUCGUCAGAGCCUUCUGCGAAGAGCGCAGACCGAGAGCGAUCCACAGAGUUCUACUGUGGUCGAUGAGGCGAGAAUCGUGGGUAAAAAGUGUCGACAGGACAGCGCCAUGGAAUACUCGUUCGACGAAAGAACCGACAUGUUCGAAGUUUACGUUGCUUGUGGGAAGAACGCAGAACUUGCCGUGGGGGCGUAUCGACUCCGUUUCCCAGACCGACAGGUCCCAUCCAGGACCCUCUUCUCACGCUUGGAGAAGAACCUUCGGAACUUCGGCAGACUCUACGGCGUGCCGAAAUCAUUCCCGUCAGAGGAACUUGAGACGGAUGUCCUGGCUUUCGUAGGAAUUCACCCCCAAGCAUCUUCGAGGGAAAUGGCAUCGAUUUGUGCUACGGAUCAUUCCACUGUGCUCGAUAUCAUGCGGAAGCAUAAUUUGAAGCCCUUCAAGAUAUCGAAAACCCACCAUCUACAAAUCGCUGAUCUAGAAAGAAGAAGGAAUUUCUGUACAUGGUUCAUAGGACAACAUGAAAGAGAUCCUCGCAUCUGCGAAAAAAUUUUGUGGAGCGAUGAAUGCAAUUUUAACAGUCGGGGAUUCUUCAACCGCAAAAAUACUCAUUAUUGGUCCGAGACGAAACUGCCAAACUUCCGAGAGACGAAUUCUCAGUACAGGUUCAGUCUGAACGUGUGGUGCGGCAUCAUCGGAUCACGAAUCAUAGGACCUCACAUCUACGAGGGAACCCUGAAUGGCGAGGGUUAUCGGAACUUCAUCCAGAACGAAUUGAUGGACCUGCUCGAUGAUCUGCCUCUCGCGCUAAGAAGAGAGAUGAUAUUUGUUUGUACUAGCUCUAUCCAGAUUGAGAACACGACGAAAGAUACUGGUCAUGCCAGCUCUAUGACAUGA